AUGGCGUCGCAGCUGCCAAGGCCGUCGGGCGACUUCUCCAGUGCCGUUGCUUGGGCAAGCGCCGCGGGGGGGACUGCUGGGGCCGCUUUCAAGAAAGCGGCCGGUGCGGCGCGUGUACAAGCUGGUAAAGGCAGCCGUGGACAGCCAGGCGCAGCGCUGAAAGCACACUGGGCGCCUCAAAUCCGCCUCUUCAGUCCUGCGGCAGUCACUUGGGACUUUGCCUGCCCUCAUGGGCUGCACAACGGACAUGCCAAGGUGGACUUGACUCGUGUGGACAGCGAGGCUGUACCAGGAGUCCGAGAUGCCAAGCUGCUGCCAUCCUCGCGCGCCAUCCGCGCUGCCUUGGUCAAGACGGGUGAGACGAAGAUGGAUCGAGGAAUGUUGGCCAAGGCGGAGUGGGAAAGGCAGCUUCGAGCAAAGAUCCAAGAGCGCGAGCGCCAGCAACUAGAGUACGAGCAGGCCAUCCCCGCAGCAGAGACGCCUGUGGAGCUCGGUGUCAGGCAAGAUGAGCGUCUCCUUGCUUUGGAGUUGAUCAAGCAGGACAUGGAGGGCGGCCGCUUGUGUGACAGGUCUCAUGCUCCGGCACUUCCAGAGGAGGAGGAGAUAGAAUUGGACGACAGCAUCGACAAGCAGGACGACAGCACAGGGCUGCCCACGUCAAGUUCGAAGGGCAGUUCCCCAGAGGACCAGCUGGAUGAAGAUGGCAAACUGCUCAGCAAGUUCCUUGCUGACAACGGGUUUGGCGAUCCGCACCAAGGUAGACGGAGGUUUUGGCGAACGACCUAUCCUCUGCAUGUGGCAGCGGAGAAAGGAAACACAAAGGUGGUGGCACUGCUGCUUUCAGCAGGCGUCAUGGCAGACCAGAAGAACUCCUCAGGGAGGACGGCGCUGGACGUGGCAAGGAAGAGAAACCGAAAUCAGUCUCACCAAGCUGUAAUGCUGGAAUUAGGCGCUGGACGUGAAUAG